AUGACCGAGAGCGUGUUCAUACCUGCCAGAUCGUGGCUGAUAAAGCAAUAUGGUGGGGACGUCACGCAUCGUGGCCUACUUGAUGAGUGGUUCGAUCUUUAUCAUACUUCGUUUCGGUUCAUGGACCUUCCGCUCGAACUGCGGUUUAUGGUCUUCGAAGCAUCGAUCGGUCCGGUAUUAUGGCCUGAUUAUCGAGUCGCUGAAGAGUCGGAAACACCUCGGAACGCUGGCCUCCAUGCACACAAUACAGCACCUGCAUCACAACACGAUCAAAACAACCCACCACUUCCCACAUCCCCAGAAGACGCGAAACCAAACCCCAACACCUGGCCACGGGGCCUAUCCAUCAACGCGCCGCGACUCCGAGAAAACGUAUCCUGCCAGCACCCCCAAUCUUACCGUCCCUACGGCUCAACCCUUUCCUCCACCCACUGGAUCAAAACCCUCCUCCUCGUCAGCAAGCCCUUCAGCCUCGAAGCCCGCACGACACUCUGGGAAAGCACGACCAAAAACUUCGGCAACAUGGCAACGCUAAUCCGAACGAUACCCCACCUCUCCACCAUGCCAUUCAACACACUUCGUCGGGUCUCGCUGAACUUCAGCGACCGCGCAUACCUCCGUCUUCUCGGGUAUAAAACUACCGCUGAACUGGCAUUCGCGCCACUUCCCGCUGGGAAAGGGAAUAGCCUGCGUGUCUUGACGGAUAUUAAUACCAUCGACUACCUUGACCUGCACUUCCAAGCUUCCCUUCCUUUCCAAUUCUUCGGCGAUGGAACGCAUUCAGUCACGCAGUUCAAAUCUGAUCCCGUCCUUAUUCUGUGUCAGAAAAUGUGGGUGGACUGGUUUCUCACGCUGUUGUAUGAGAAGUUUGUGCUGGGGUAUGAGGAAGGCAGGAAUGUGCCGAUGGUGAGUGUGAGUGGAGAUGUGAAGAAUAGUACGAGGUGGGAGUGGGAAUCCAUAUGGAAGGAUUUCAAGCAUGGUGUCAGGCGGGACUUUGCGGAGAAGGUUGCGGAGAUCAAGGCUACGCCUGCCGCAAUGUUGUGA